UUGCCAAAACAGAUGCAAGGGACAAGUACACGAACGGAGUGCGCAUUAGACGCACUGAAUGUGCUCGUUUGUGGCAUUAUUUUGCGUCUUUUCAGAAAAUAUCAAAAGGAUGAGUGCUGCAUUAAUGUUCUGUUAGGCAUCAAUAAAAAAGAAAACACCAAGUUCAAAGUUCACAGGAAAACAGUCAAUACCGUCACCUACUUACCACAUCAAAGACGACUUCGUACUUCAGAGAGCAUUAAGUAGACUUUCUUUUGUGCGACACGGUAGCAAAAUUUAUUUUGUGGUGUGUCAAGAAAAUACUCGCAGAACGAAUACUGAACAGCACAACGGUCACAGCUCCGCACCGGUUACUAAUGCUUCGUGCAACUAGAUCAGCAUCCUGAAGACCACUCGUGCCAUCUACCCUCGACAUGAGCACCGAGUGUGGUCCGUGGCGCUCCUGCGACUUCCACCAGUACCGCUCGUGGCUGAGGAAGCCGGACAGUGCGUCGUCCACCUCGUCCAUCUCGCCUGACAAGGACAAACUAAAAACCAAAAAGCUGCGGCGGCGGCCGGCGGCCGGCGAGUACCAGCUGACCUUCCGUCACCACACGGACCCGGCAGAGUACGAGCGCGACUACCUGACCCAGGUCACGCACGCCCGCUGCCGCGCCGCCAACCCCUCUGCCUCGCUGCUGGCUACGGAGCUGACAUCCACGCAGUCAUCGGCCAGUUCCGACCGCUCAGUGGUGCAGCUGCUGCCUCCGCGACCCUGCGCGUCCGACGAGAGCCGGCCUCUGUCUCCCGCUCCUGCUGCGGCUCCUGCUCCGGCUCCGGCUCCCGCUCCUGCUCGGUGUGCGGCUCCCAGUGCCGCUCCUGCCGCCACGCCGGCGGUGCAGGACACGGCCUCCACCCCCGACCUGUCUUCCGGCUCCGGGACACCCCUGCCGCGGCCGACGCCGCCCUCCUCCUCUCCGGACCUGUGCCACCUGCCCCAGAUCGGCGCCGUGCCGCGCCCGGUGCGGCGCCGCUCGCUGCCGCCCAGCGCCACGGCCUCCUCCCUGGCCGGGGUGGCCGCCGGCCCCGCCGGCCCCGCCGCCGCCAUGGCCGCCUACCGUCGACCGGUGGCGGGCACGCCGCGACACACGGCCGGCCCGCCGGCGGCGCGACACGCCCGCUCCGUGUCGGUGCAGCGCGACCCGACCGAGCCGGCGGUAACGACGGCGGCGGCGGCGCUGAGACAGCCGCGUCGCCAGCCGUCCACGCCACACACCGUCACACUCGACCUGCACAGCCCGCCCGGCUUCGGAGGCAUGGCGCAGGCGCGCAAGAACGGCUACAAGCCGCGCGGCCUGACCAAAAUUCAGCUGGCCUCUUCCGUGCCGGAGAACCUCACCAUUAUAGUCGGCACGAAGCUGGAGAUCAGCCUGAGCGGCACCAAGAGGGGGCGCCAGAGGGGCAAGACGUUCCGCUGAAAUUGGUCUCAUCGAAAAGAGAAAUGUUGACAAAUGUUGCUCAUCUCUAAUGGCCAUCACUUUGAGGCCGAGCGGUUAGUCUGCAAAGGUGUGGUCCGUGGUCGGAAGCUAAUUCCAGCGUUCAGUCCGACAUUGCGUGGAACAACGAGCAGCUGAAUGUCAGACGCAUUGUUGAAUUUCGCAGCAUGACUCACAGAAUCCAUUGGACAGGUGAUAAGCCUUGGAUGAGAAGAAAUUAAGGCUGAGAUUCUGAAAGGCGACAGAAGUGCGAACACAUUACGGUAGGCACCGGUUGUAGAUAGGAGAACGACAGCUGUGACACUGCAGAAGGCGGAUCAUAGCUCCGAUACGAAGCGACGAAAUUUUUCGAAAGUUCGAAAUUUCGAAAGGCUAACAUUGUUUUUUUAAUUCGUUAUAUUAGAUACGUAAUAUUGGAAUUGGUUCAUAUACCUAAUAUAAUUGAAAGAAUGAAAAGAAA